CAUAAGUAUAUGUGCUUUCAAAGACCAUAAAUUACCAAUAGAAGUACAAGGUUAUUAUAAACCCAAAAAUAGGAAUCCAAGGUGACAAAAGAACAACAAUGGCGGUAAGCAUCGUGAAGACAAACACAACCGGGAAGUUGUUUCUUGCAAUUGCAAUUGUGGUGUUGUUGGUUGCGGUAUCACCAUUCCCAUGUCAUGCUAAUGAUCCUCACUUGGCGUGUUUUGAAAAAUGCCUGAAGCAUUGUGGUGCGCCAUGUUACCAUCAAUGCAUCGAUAAAUGCAAGAAGAGACUUCCCUCCUCCACUUUCAAGAGAGGCUCUGGAGAUUAGAAGUGUGGAGAGAAAGUAUGAUGGUAACAUACUUUUAGGAACAUGGCUUGUUCAUUCACUUGCUCAUGAACUCGCAGCUUCGCCAAGCCAGAAGCGGCGAAGGAGGGGCUGGGGAAGGCCGACGACUACAUGACGAUCAAAAUAACGGAUAUGAGUGAAUAAUAAUGUACUAGGAAAUAGUACAAGUUCUUGUUCCCAUUCACUUGAACAUUUUCUUUAGAUUUCCCAACGAUUAACUUGACACGGAACAAAUACUUCACAUGCGA